AUGAUAUUGAAUUUAGAAUUACUAUUAUUUUUGCUAAUGGCCAGUCAUGUAGGAUUUAGUUUGUCGAGAGAUGUUGAACAUGCGGGGAGAAUUUUAUCCCGUAAAAGACGAUAUGUGACAUUUCCUGAAGGCUCUAGUUUCUCGUGCGCUGCCUGUAUGACCGUAGGUGUAAUAGGUCAGCCAGCACCAAGUACCGCACCUGGCACCUUCACGUUUGGCCUCAACUGGGGCAUAGCAUACGAACUACCAAACGCGACAGAGACCUUAAGUUUCUAUCACAAGAAGUAUAGGCUGAAGAAACCAGUUGCACAGAGACGAAGCAGACGAGAACUUUAUGGCAAGAUGGAGACCAUAUUGGAUAAUAUGGGUUACAACGGACGACAGUGCAUACUGAAGACUCUGUGUGAAACUACACAGCGUAUCGUACCACAUGGAAGUAACAUGAUCGAGGAAAUAUUCAGAACCUUAUUCACAUUGCCUAUAUCCAAAGUGCUACCUGAAGAACCAGUAGAACACGUAAUAUAUGAUGCUGCUCAUCGUCUCGGUAUGCUUCUGGAAACGUGUGAAGCAUAUACAUGCCCUAUCUCUUUAGUUGACUGGGCUCUAGGCUAUUACAAUGCACCGGCCCCAAAAUUGGACCCUGCGACACACCCUUGGGCUUUAUUUAGCAGUAACUUUGGAUAG